UUUUUCUUCACAGUAUUCCGAUGAACUGGUUUCGCUCGGUGAGACAAACUAGAAGACCCGAUGGUUCACAGCUGUCAGUGUGCCUGUAUCCAUCAACCUCACCCCAACAUGGACCAUUGGAUUAGGAAGAAUCCGGAGCCUUCCGAGACGCCCAGGUCGAGAAAGGUCCCCGAAGAAUCAGACCUGUGCCCCUCCGUCAGUCUGGCUGCUCUACUGGUCCUUAUUUUCAUCCUCGUCGUCUUCGUGCUCCUCCCGGCAGGUGCUGGGCGCACCAAAGCCAUGCCUUUGGGACACAUCGGGGGAAGGCUGGUCCGCUUACACCCGCUCUUCUUAAGUCAGUCGCUGGCCACUCGGUGGGCUUUGGAAAGCAGUUUGAGGCCAGAUAGGGAUGGACUGAUCACGGUGGCAGCGGUCGCCAAGAAUGAUGCCACCCAGACUCUCAUCUGCUUCUGCUCUAACGUCAUUUCCCUUCUGUCCCGUCAAAGUGAGACUCGAAACGCGACCAAAAGGCUCCGAGAUUACAAGCCUGAGAACUUUUCCUGGGUCGACGGUAUCACCAGGUCUUCAGGAAGCCACCGCGUUGCAGUUGUCACUCAACGAGUAGGCCAAGCCCCUUAUGGCAUCAUCCUGGGUCAGGAGAGCGACACAACUGGAGGAAGACACUUCUGGGAAUUAACCCUUAGCGUACCAUCAGUAAAAAACGAAGGAAUCCUGCACGGUGAAGGCUCCGACGUUGCUUCCAAGCUCCUGAGGCAUCUCCACGCGACAAGGUGGAACCCAAAAACAUUUAAAGAAGGGUUACUUCCCGAGGAUGGUCUCAGAGUUCUCCAGAUUAUAGGCGAUCCUUAUCUGGAGAAUGGAUUUGUCUGCUAAAUGCUGUUUUUUUUAUAUUUUUGUAAAAUGUAAGAAUUUUUAUUUUUUAACCUCUUUGCAAUAAAACUAUUUUAGGAGA